AUGACGACCGAUAUAUCGGUAUCCCGCUGGGAUCCCUCCAAGGGCCACGGGCAAGAGAUCAUCGAUGAGAUCGAGUACGAUGGCGGCAACUCGUCGUCGAGGCUUUUCGAACGAUCGCGCAUUAAGGCGCUUGCAGACGAACGAGAAAGCGUGCAAAAGAAAACGUUUCAAAAAUGGGUGAAUUCGCACUUGGUGCGCGUGGGGUGCCGCAUCGGCGACCUCUACGUGGACAUGCGAGAUGGAAAGAUGCUGAUCAAACUGCUGGAGGUCCUGUCUGGAGAGAGAUUGCCUCGGCCGACGAAGGGCAAAAUGCGUAUUCACUGCCUUGAAAACGUUGACAAAGCUCUGCAGUUCCUGAGGGAGCAGCGAGUGCAUUUGGAGAACAUGGGUUCUCAUGACAUCGUUGAUGGAAACCCUAGACUUAAUCUCGGUCUCAUAUGGACGAUCAUUCUCCGUUUCCAGAUCCAAGACAUUACAAUUGAAGAAACUGACAAUAAAGAGACAAAAUCCGCCAAGGACGCUCUGCUGCUGUGGUGUCAAAUGAAAACUGCCGGAUACAACAAUGUGAAUGUACGCAACUUCACAACCUCCUGGCGUGAUGGUCUCGCCUUCAAUGCGAUCAUACACAAACACAGACCAGACCUGAUUCAGUUCGAAAAACUGCACAGGAACAACCCAAUGCAUAAUCUGAAUAACGCCUUCAACGUCGCUGAAGAUAAACUUGGACUUACGAAGCUAUUGGAUGCUGAAGAUAUCGCAGUUGAGCAUCCCGAUGAGAAAUCGAUCAUAACCUACGUGGUAACGUACUACCACUACUUCAGCAAGAUGAAGCAGGAGACCGUUCAGGGCAAACGUAUUGGAAAAGUCGUAGGCAUCGCUAUGGAAAACGACAAGAUGAUCAACGAAUAUGAGACGCUUACCAGUGACCUUCUCCAAUGGAUCGAGCGUACUAUCGAAGCACUCGGUGAUAGAACAUUCGCGAAUUCGUUGGAAGGUGUCCGACAGCAACUCAUACAGUUCGCCAACUAUCGUACUGUUGAAAAACCACCUAAGUUCGUGGAGAAAGGCAAUUUGGAGGUUCUGCUGUUCACGCUGCAGUCGCGCAUGCGUGCCGCCAACCAGAAGCCUUACACGCCCCGUGAAGGCCGUAUGAUUCACGACAUCAACCGCGCCUGGGAGCGUCUCGAAAAAGCUGAGCAUGAACGGGAAUUGGCGCUUAGGGAAGAGCUCAUUAGGCAGGAAAAACUGGAGCAACUUGCUGCUAGGUUCAACCGCAAAGCCCAAAUGCGUGAAACUUGGCUGUCAGAGAACCAGCGCCUCGUUAGCCAGGAUAACUUCGGUUUUGACUUGACCGCGGUUGAAGCAGCCGCCAAGAAGCACGAGGCUAUCGAGACUGACAUAUUUGCAUAUGAGGAGCGUGUGCAAGCCGUUGUAGCUGUAUGCGGGGAGUUGCAGGCUGAACGGUACCAUGAUAUGGAACGCGUGUGCGCCCGCCGUGACAAUGUACUCCGUUUGUGGGCCUACCUGCUGGAAUUGUUGCGAGCUCGUCGCGCGAGACUCGAACUCAGUCUGCAGUUGCAACAAAACUUCCAGGAAAUGUUAUACAUCCUGGACUCCAUGGAGGAGAUCAAGAUGCGUUUGCUGACAGACGACUAUGGCAAACAUCUGAUGGGCGUAGAAGACCUGCUGCAGAAGCAUGCGCUGGUUGAAGCUGAUAUCAACGUCUUAGGAGAACGUGUCAAGGUCGUAGUGGGUCAAUCGCAGAGGUUCCUGGAACAAGAAGAGGGCGGUUACCGUCCCUGUGACCCCGCUAUCACCGUGGAACGCAUCCAACAGCUGGAAAAUGCGUACGCUGAGCUCGUACACCUUGCUGUUGAGAGGAGAAAGCGUCUCGAAGACAGCCGUAAGCUGUGGCAGUUCUACUGGGACAUGGCUGAUGAAGAGAACUGGAUCAAGGAGAAGGAGCAGAUUGUCUCUGUUGAUGAUAUCGGUCACGAUCUUACAACUGUGUACCUGUUAAUAUCAAAACACAAAGCGCUUGAGGCUGAUGUAGCUGCCCAUGAACCUCAGUUGAUGGAUGUUGCGGCUGUAGGAGAUGAACUCAUCUCACAGGGACACUUUGGAGCCGACAGGAUACAGGAACGUUUGCGAGACAUUCUAUCGCAGUGGAACCACCUGCUCGAUGUAGUGUCACUGCGUAACAACAGACUUGACGCGGCGGUCCGCUACCACCAACUGUUCGCUGACGCAGAUGACAUUGAUGCUUGGAUGCUUGACACACUACGCUUGGUAUCAUCUGAAGACACGGGUGUCGAUGAGGCUCAGGUGCAGAGUUUACUGAAGAAACACAAGGAUGUCACCGAUGAGCUUAAACAUUACGCCAAUGUCAUUCAACAGCUCAAACAACAGGCGAGUGAACUUAGUCCAGAAGAUGCAAGCAGCGCAGAAGUGCGUGAUCGUCUCGGUGCUAUGGACGCUCGUCUCAACGAACUCUCCGAGUUGGCUAGACUUCGUAAGCAGAGACUCCUUGAUGCCUUGUCGCUGCACAAGCUAUUGGCUGAGGCAGACGCAGCUGAUCAAUGGAUAGCUGAGAAGGACAGGAUGUUGGAUACCAUGCACCCACCUAAGGAUAUUGACGAUGUUGAGAUCAUGAAACACAGAUACGACGGUUUCGACAAAGAAAUGAAUGCAAACGCGUCGCGAGUGGCUGUCGUUAACCAGCUAGCCCGACAAUUGAUCCACGUGGAGCAUCCAGAAGCACCGCGCAUACAGGAGCGUCAAGCUCAACUCAACCAAGCCUGGAGUACUCUUAGAGAGAAGGCGGAAGCUAAGAAGGACGAACUGAAAUCAGCCCAAGGGGUGCAAACAUUCUACAUCGAAUGCCGCGAAACUGUCUCCUGGAUAGAAGACAAGAAACGCAUUCUUCAACAAACCGACAAUUUGGAGAUGGAUCUUAACGGUGUAAUGACCCUUCAACGUCGCCUGUCUGGCAUGGAGCGAGAUUUGGCCGCUAUUCAAGCGCGUAUCACAUCCCUGGAGGACGAGGCGAGCGCCAUCGAAGGUGAACACCCAGACGAGGCGAGACUUAUCCGUGAACGCGUCGUCACUAUUACAGAAAACUGGGAUCAACUCACACAAAUGCUCAAGGAACGCGACUCAAAACUCGAAGAGGCUGGAGAUUUGCAUCGUUUCCUGCGUUCUGUGGACCACUUCCAAGCCUGGCUUACUAAGACUCAGACCGAUGUUGCAUCAGAAGACAUCCCAUCAAGCCUUCCGGAGGCGGAGAAAUUGCUGUCUCAGCACCAGACGAUCAAGGAAGAGAUUGACAACUACAAGGACGAGUAUGCCAAGAUGAUGGAAUACGGGGAGAAGAUUACUGCCGAGCCCUCAACAGCAGACGACCCGCAAUACAUGUUCCUUCGCGAGCGUCUUAAGGCUCUGAGAGAGGGAUGGGCUGAGCUGCAGCAGAUGUGGGAGAACCGCCAGCAGUUGUUAACACAGUCCCUUGAGUUGCAGCUAUUGCAACGGGACGCCAGACAAGCUGAAGUUUUGCUUGCUCACCAAGAGCACAGAUUGGCGAAGAUUGAACCACCCGCGAACUUGGAACAAGCAGAGAAUAUGAUCAAGGAACAUGAAGCCUUCCUCACCACGAUGGAAGCAAACGACGACAAGAUCAACUCGGUGGUCCAAUUCGCCAACAGACUUGUAGAAGAACGUCACUUUGAUGCAGACAAAAUUCAACGCAAGGCUGAGAGUAUUCGCGCCAGGCGAGACGCCAACAGGGAAAAGGCAGUUGAGCAGAUGGACAAACUACAAGACCAACUGCAGUUGCAUCAAUUCCUACAAGACUGUGACGAACUUGGCGAGUGGGUACAAGAAAAGAACGUUACUGCCCAAGAUGACACAUACCGUUCCGCUAAGACCAUUCACUCUAAGUGGACCCGCCAUCAAGCAUUCGAGGCGGAGAUAGCUGCGAACAAGGAAAGACUAUUCGCUGUACAGAACGCGGCAGAGGAACUGAUGAAGCAGAAACCGGAGUUCGUUGAAAUUAUUUCCCCCAAAAUGUCCGAAUUACAAGAUCAGUUCGAGAACCUUCAAACAACCACCAAGGACAAGGGUGAACGUCUCUUUGACGCUAACCGCGAGGUCCUACUCCACCAGACUUGCGACGAUAUCGACUCGUGGAUGAACGAGUUGGAGAAGCAAAUCGAAAACACAGACACGGGCACUGAUCUGGCAUCUGUAAACAUUCUGAUGCAGAAACAACAGAUGAUCGAGACUCAGAUGGCGGUCAAGGCUAAACAGGUAACAGAGCUUGAAACGCAAGCGGAGUACCUGCAGAAGACCGUACCCGAUAAGAUGGAAGAGAUUAAAGAAAAGAAGAAGUCUGUGGAACACCGAUUUGAACAACUCAAAGCACCUCUGCUGGAACGCCAACGACAGCUGGCGAAGAAGAAGGAAGCGUUCCAAUUCCGUCGCGAUAUCGAGGAUGAAAAACUAUGGAUCCACGAAAAAAUACCUUUGGCGACCAGCACCGACUACGGCAACUCCCUCUUCAACGUGCAAAUGUUACAGAAGAAGAACCAGUCCCUCAAAACCGAGACUGAUAAUCAUGAGCCGAGGAUUCUAACGGUAAUCUCGAAUGGACAAAAACUGAUCGACGAAGGUCACGAAGACUCUGACGAAUUCAAGAGGCUUAUUGAAGAGCUCACGGCGCGGUGGCGAGAACUUAAAGAUGCCAUCGAACAACGCAAAAACAAUCUGUCCCAAUGGGGUAAAGCGCACCAGUACCUGUUCGACGCGAACGAGGCUGAGGCAUGGAUGAGCGAACAGGAGCUGUACAUGAUGGUGGAAGACCGUGGCAAAGACGAGAUCUCCGCGCAGAACCUCAUCAAGAAACACGAGAUACUCGAACAAGCGGUGGACGACUACGCCAACACCAUCAGGCAGUUGGGUGAGACUGUACGUCAGCUAACCAGCGAGGAACAUCCUCUGAGCGAGCAGAUCUCCGUCAAACAGUCACAAGUGGACAAGUUGUAUGCCGGUUUAAAAGACUUGGCAGGAGAAAGACGCGCCAAGUUGGAUGAAGCGUUACGCCUCUUCCAGCUGUCUCGAGAAGUGGACGACCUGGAACAAUGGAUUACAGAACGCGAGCUAGUCGCCAGCUCUCAAGAACUUGGACAAGAUUAUGAACACGUCACUCUUUUAUGGGAGCGCUUCAAAGAAUUCGCUCGCGAGACACAAUCAGUCGGAUCUGAGCGUGUGGCCACAGCGGAGCGUAUAGCUGAUCAGAUGAUUGCCAUGGGUCACUCAGACAACGCUACCAUCGCCCAAUGGAAGGAGGGUCUCAAAGAGACCUGGCAAGACUUACUUGAGCUCAUUGAUACAAGGACACAGAUGUUGGCCGCAUCCCGGGAGCUACACAAAUACUUCCACGACUGCAAGGACACCUUGCAACGCGUAAACGAAAAGGCUCGCGCUGUUAGUGACGAACUUGGGCGCGACGCACUCUCCGUCUCUGCAUUGCAAAGAAAACAUCACAACUUCAUGCAGGAUCUUUCCACACUGCAGAACCAGGUGGAAGCGAUAAACGCAGAAUGCUCUCGUUUAGGAGCCUCCUACGCAGGAGAAAAGGCAGCUGAAAUCACCCGACGCGCUGCGGAGGUAUCCGAAGCAUGGGCAGCGCUGCAAGCAGCAUGUGAGGCGCGCAGAGCCAAGUUGGAAGAUGCUGACCAGCUGUACCGCUUCUUGAGCCAAGUACGCACGCUCACCAUAUGGAUGGACGAUGUUGUCAGGUCUAUGAACACUGGAGAGAAACCAAGAGACGUAAGUGGCGUGGAACUACUGAUGAACAACCAUCAAUCAUUGAAAGCGGAGAUUGAGGCGCGCGAAGAGAACUUCGCUGCGUGCAUAGCUUUGGGCCGGGAGCUUCUUGCUCGGCAGCAUUACGCAUCCAGUGACAUCCGCGACAAACUGCACGUACUCACUGAUCAAAGGAACGCCCUUCUUAGGAGAUGGGAGGAGCGUUGGGAGAACUUACAACUCAUCCUGGAGGUGUACCAGUUCGCCCGUGACGCGGCCGUCGCCGAGGCGUGGCUGAUCGCGCAGGAGCCCUACUUAAUGUCGCAAGAGCUCGGCCACACUAUCGACGAGGUUGAGAGUCUCAUUAAGAAGCACGAGGCCUUUGAGAAAUCUGCAGCCGCACAAGAGGAUCGCUUCAGCGCUUUGCAGAGACUUACCACCCUUGAACUGAACGCAGCGAAACUAUGGCCCAGUGCACAACCUUGGGAAAAAUGUGAUGAAUCCUCCUUCACAUACCUUCCUCCUCCUCCACGUAAAAGACCCAACCUCCCAGACCUCGAUAUACCCAAAGAUGAGGCUCCGAUCGGACAAGUCGUACACGAUAUUAUUUUGAGUUCCGAACGGUUUCAGGUCCCAGAAAAAUAUCGGCUUAAAAAUUAUAAAGCGCAAAAGAAAAUUAUUAUCAUAAAUAGUUAUAAUGAGUGGAAGAAAAGGGGGAGUAAUAGUCCCUCGAAUAUGUCGGAAUCCAGUUAUGGACCCAUUUCACCCCUCAAGUCCCCCGUUACCGCGGAAAUAUUUAGUUCAAUUUUCUUUGAGUAUCCCAACGAAAAUCCCCACCCCGAUGAAAAAUUAGCUUCCAUCGAUUUUAUAUUAUGGGAAAAACUUUCUUACCUAAAUAUCUUCCCAAAUGUUUCCUUACUCAAACGUAGAAGCACUUCAUCCAUCGCGGGUAAUAUAAAGAAUCUGCUACGAAAAUUGUUAACGAGAAAAAGAUCUGAGAAAAGCGAGGUUGCCGUGCUGUCGCUUCCGGGUUUGACGAGUAGCGAUAAAGCUAUUAACGAUCUAGGAAAAGAUGUGAAAUCUGUACCUCUCUCCUCUUCCCUCCUGCUACUGACACAAACCCGUACUCUCCUACCAGAAAGUGCAUGGUACUAUAACUAUUUGGAUAGUUUUGAUCUGAACGCAGAAACACCUAAUCGGGAAUCAUCUUCUGGAAAAAGUGAUGAAAGCUUUACUUACCAUACGGCCCCUAUAACCAGGCACAAAACCAGAAAUCUUCUAGACGACGAGCAAGCUGAAGAUCAAAUCGAUCCUGUUAUAAUAAGAUCUGAUUUACACAAACUCCCCGAUGAAUAUCAAUCUAGGAACCUGAGUAUAAAUUACUCACGAAACAAAGAACUUAAGAACUACAGCAACGCCUGGAGCUUAGUUUCAAAUAAUAGUUUAUCUACUAUAUCGGAGAGCAGUAGUCCCCCAAAAUCUCCUCUUUCACCAUCAAAUUGCACAGAUAUGACAUUCACGUGUCUCGAAGAUGGUGAAUCUCUCAUGUCAGAUCCGAAACUUGCAUGCAUAGAUUUUAUACUUUGGGAGAGACUAGCGCCGCUAAAUGUCGUUCCCAACACCGCCCUGGUCAAGCAGCCAGAUGAGCAAAUAACCAUAGUUUCCGAGAGUGACGUUAGCGACGCAGGAAGUAAAAGCGCUGGUGGGAUAAUGAAAGCGCUCAGGAGAUUAUCUUUUAGAAAAUCUGAAAGCGAACCCAAGAAAAGUCUGACGAGCUCCGCUCUGUCUUUAUCUCCUUCGCUCUUCUUGUUAUCUCAAGUUGAAAGCUUCAUGUCGUCCAAUGAUAUAUGGUACUAUAAUUAUAUGUAUGGUUUUGAAGUGAAAGAGAUGAAGCGUCGUCAAGAAGCAGCCGCGGCUGCUGAACGCGAACGGCAAGAACGUGAAGCAGCAGAGGCUGCAGCGGCUGCCGCAGCCACUCAAGAUGCGGUAGACCGCGCUGCAUCUCCCGAACCAGACCAACCCGAGACUCCCAGCCCCGCUCCCGAGCCUUCGCCCCCCGAGGCCGGCCAGCCAGAGCGGCUGGAGGCUUCGCCCCGACCGUCCACCUCGAAACAGACGCCCGUUAAACCCGCACGCCUCUCUAAAGGCGCCAGUCCCGGAGGUGAAGAUGAGGGCGUCGAGGGAAUGUUGGUUCGCAAACACGAGUGGGAGUCCGCCGCCAAACGUGCUUCUAACAGAUCAUGGGACAAGGUCUACGUGGUCGCAAAGGACGGUCGCAUGUCCUUCUACAAGGACGCGAAGUCGUACAAGGCGGCGCCGGAGCAGCACUGGCGUGGCGAGACGCCUCUCGACCUAAACGGCGCCGUUGUGGAACAGGCCGCUAACUACACCAAGAAGAAGCAUGUCUUCCGUCUCAGAUUAUCUAACGGCGCGGAGUUCCUGCUGCAAGCGCACGACGAGUCCGAGAUGAACGGUUGGGUGGAGGCUCUGCGCGCGCGCACCGCCGCGCCUGCGCCGCGCUCUCACACGCUGCCCGCGCCCCACCACACCGAGCCCAAGCGCCGCUCCUUCUUCACGCUCAAGAAGAACUAA